AGAAAAAAAGACAAUAUAAAUAUUAAAUUAUGAUAACAUUUUGAUGCCUGAAUAUUUUGGAAUUUUUAUUAGUUUCCGUGGUAAUUUUAUAAACUAACAAAUUGUCGUAUUUGCGGAAGACAUAUUGUCGUAAUUUUAAAUUCUCUGCUCUGUGUUCUGUGUAUCUGGUGUAUCCAUAACAUUCUAUAAAAGAAACCAAGAUGCCAAGAUCAACAAGACUUAAAACAAAGGCUUAUCUUUUUGAAGAAAAGGAUCUUAUAGAAAACCUACCAGAAAUAAUGUUUUCAACAAAUAAAGACAUUAUUAUCUACUUUCAGUUUAGAAGAUCUGGAGACAAAAUAACUCCAACAAAAAAGCUGAUUGCUUGUACCAUUGGUCAUCAAACAGCAAAGUGUUCUGGUCUUGGUAGCUGUCCUGAAAACUGCAUUAUGUUUGCAGUUAAGAAACCUUGGAUAGACGGAGGAUACGAGGAUGGGAUACUCACUGACCCAUUUAUAAGGAAGCAUAUCACUGAUCUGAUCAACAGCUGGGAGAGUUUAAAGAAAAGUAAGUGUAAGAACUCGAAAGAAGCAGGAAAAGCUUGACAAGAUUUCAAAAAAAAAGGAAAUAAGGUUUUCUGGGUUGCUAAACCAAAUAUCCAAGAUAUUCUAAAGAAGACAAGCCUUAAUAAGGUCUCGUAUCGUACUGAUAUGAAAUUUUUGAGAGAUCAAAAGGCCAGACGUAAAAUGACUCUGGGUAAAAAAGACAAGCUAUAUAACCGGAGGGUUGAGAAGAGAGAACAGAGAAGAUUGAAACAUCCACAGUUAGUACAUAGUGUUGAACAGUUUUCUCAGAGAGAUGAUUU